AUGGGGAACGAAGCGAGCCUGGAAGGAGGCGAAGGGCCGCCGUCUGGGCUACCGGAGGGGCUGGCACCUGACGGGAAGGGCGGCUUCGUCCGGGUCCCCGACGGGACUCCGGUCGACCUGAGCGAGCUGAGCGAGGAGCAGCGGAGGCAGCUCGCCGCGGCGAUGUCAAGGGCGCAAAGCAGCAGGCAGCCCGGAGGCGCAGCAGCUGCACGAAGAAUUUCAGAGUCUGAUGCCCAGCAGCGUUCCCAGCAGGUAGGGGCCUCCAGGGGCCCUACAGGCCUCAGUAAAAGCCGAACUGUUGACGCCUUCAACCAGGGUCCACCGGGGAAGCCCACACCAGGCCGCAGCCCCUCAUCUCUCAGCCUCUUUGAAUCCAGAUUCCGGCAGGAGCCAAAAGACCCUGAGAGCAAGUCAUCCGGCAUGUUUGGCUCCAGCUUCCUCAGCGGGGCCAACCCCCUCAGCGCUGUGUCGUCCAUGACCUCCUCCGUCUCGUCCUCCAUAACCUCCAUGGGCGACAAUGUCAACAUCCCCAAGUUUGGACUGUUUGGGGACGAGGAGGAGGGAGAUGCACCUGCAGCGCCCGAGUCCAAGCAGGGAGGGAGACCACCAGGGAAGGGCCCCCAACAAGGGCCAGGUCCAAAGGGACCACAACAGGGAGGGCCCCAGAAACAGGGGCAGGGUCCUCCUGGACAGGGGCCAAAGCCUGGACAAGGACCCCCUGGUCAGGGACCCCCUGGUCAGGGACCUAGGCAAGGUCAGGGACCACCGGGUCAGGGACCACCAGGCCAGGGGCCCAGACCAGGUCAGGGACCACCGGGUCAGGGACCACCAGGCCAGGGGCCCAGACCAGGUCAGGGACCACCAGGCCAAGGCCCUCCAGGGCAACAGGGACCCAGACCAGGUCAAGGACCGCCUGGUCAAGGACCACCAGGUCAAGGACCACCAGGUCCUGGAGCUAAGCAGGGUGGUCCUCCCCAGCAAAAAGGUGGUCCACCACCACAAGGACCAGGAAAACCUGGACCCAAACAGCAAGGGCCACAAGGUCCUGGGGCGCCAGCCAAGAGUGGUGGGCCUCCUGCUCAGCAGGGAGCUGGAAAACCUGCAGGUGGACUCUGUCCUCUGUGUAAAACCACCCAGCUGAACACUGGAUCUAAGGAGCCCCCAAAUUACAAUAACUGCACUGAGUGUAAGAACCAGGUCUGCAGCCUCUGUGGGUUCAGCCCCCCAGACUCAGAGGGUAAAGAGUGGCUGUGUCUGAACUGUCAGAUGCAGCGAGCGAUGGGAGGAAUGGAUCCCCCCGGUAUGACCAAGCCCAAGCAAGGCUCGGCCCCUCCAUCACCGCAGAGACAGGCGUCUGGCAAGCCCGGCAAGCUGCUCAUAAAGCAGCAGAGCACCAGCGACCAGGGGUUGACGCCACCGACCACACCGAGGCAGAAAUCUCCUGGUUCUACAUCUCCAGGACCGCUUUCUCCGGGUUCCUCGAUGGGAGGUUCCCCCAAAAUUGACCCCAAGACCGGUCGCCCCAUCCAGCAGAAGUCCAGUCCCCAGCAGUCUCCAGCUAAACCCAAACAGGAGUCCAGCUUCUUCGGGGGGUUAGGAGGUAUCAGUUUAGGAGGCCUCACCGAUGCAGCUAAGCCUCCUGCAGCUGCUUCACAAGCUGCCGAGUCCGUCACCGGGAAGCUGUUCGGCGGAUUCGGUGGCUUGAUGGAUUCGUCGAAACCUCAAGCACAGGCGCCGCCAAAGCAGGAGGAGUCGGUGACUGGGAAGUUGUUUGGAGGUUUUGGAGGGUUGACAGAUUCGGGUAAACCUCCCGCUGCUGCUUCUCAAAUGUUCAGCUUCGGAUCGUCCCUGUUGAGCUCAGCCACCAAUCUGGUCACUGGGGAGGAGGAGAAAGCAGCUCAGCCUGGGUCACCGCCAGAGUCUCCCGUUGACUCUGGACCAGGUUCUCCGGCGGAUUCUGGCCCCGGCUCACCACCCGACUCCCCCUUCUCUGCUCCCGGGUCUCCCCCUGAUUCAGACUCCGCUCCUGACACUCCACCUGCUAAGUCUAAGAAACCCCCCAGGACCAUUUCUGUGGAGCAGGAAGAGAAGGCCCCAGUAAAGGAACCUGCUCCUGCUGCAGCAGCGAAGGCUAACUGCCCUCUUUGUAACGUGGAGCUGAACAUGGGAUCGAAAGACGCGCCCAACUACACCAACUGCACCGAGUGCAAGAAGGCAGUGUGCAAUCUGUGUGGAUUCAAUCCCACUCCUCACUUAGGAGAGAAAGAAUGGCUUUGCCUCAACUGUCAGACCCAAAGAGCCAUGUCAGGCCAGCUGGGAGACAUGCCGCCUCCAUCCAUGGCGUCCCCAAAGAAGCAACCACCUGCUCCUGCUCCUGCUCCUGCUCCCUCCUCCUCCCCUGCCCCUGCUGCUGUAGAUAGCAAACCUGUAGUAGAAGCAGCAGAUCUACCCCCACCAGCCUCUGAGGCCAAGGUGAAAACAGUGGAGAUGUUGAAAGAGCCUGCAGUGAAAGAAGUGGCUGCUAAAGAGGGCAGUCCCACCAGUCCAUCAGACCUAGCAAAGCUAGAGAGCACCGUCCUUCCCAUUCUGGAGGCCCAGGCAAGCACGAAAGAAGAGGAGAAACAAACAGACACUCUCAAGACCAGACGUAAAUUAGAGGUCCUUCCGCUCUCACCUGACUCACCUAGCUCAGAAGAGGACAGAGAACUUUCUGAGAAGAAUGCCAAAGGUACCACAAAGAAAAAGCUCCUUGUGCCCAUGGAUGUCAGGGCGGAUUCCCUGGAUGAUAGCAGUGAAAGCUUUGGAAAGGAAAGCCCAAUGUCAGGAGAUGAUGAGGAUUUUAUCAGAAAACAAAUAAUAGAAAUGAGUGAGAAUGAGGAUGCUUCACCAUCUGAUGAGGAAAACCUAGUCCGGCGAAAAAUCAGAGAGAAUGAGAAAAAACACAUGGAACAGAAGAAAACAGAGACUGUAGAAAAGAGCACAUCGGGAAAAGUCAGACGACUUACCAAGAAAACCACAAUAAGUCCAGAUGAUGACGAUAAGGAACUCAGCACGACACUGGAUAAACCCAUUAUAGACAAGGAGGAGGGACAACAAGGAAAAGAAAAGGAGCAUCAAAGUGGUACUGCAGUUCGCAAAUUCCAAACCAUGGAGCUGAAUGCAACCAGCAGCCCUAUGCGUAUACCCAAUGAUGAUGGUGAGCCUGAAAUGGAAAGUCUGACAGACUCUCCAGAUGAUCGGUCUAGAGGUGAGGGGUCAUCCAGUCUGCAUGCAUCCAGCUUCACUCCUGGAACAUCCCCAACAUCCCUCUCAUCACUGGAUGAAGACAGUGACAGUAGUAGUCCGAGCCAUAUCCGUUCUGGUGAGGGUAAACAACACAGGAAAGCCAAACACAGACAACCCGGUCAAACGUUGCCAACUAUUGAAGACUCCUCUGAGGAAGAAGAAAUGCGGGAAGAAGAGGAGCUGCUCAGGGAGCAAGAAAAACAGAAGGGCUCAGGGAAAAAAUCCAAGAAAGACAAAGAGGAGAUUAGAGCCCAGAGAAGGCGAGAGCGUCCAAAGACACCACCAAGCAACCUUUCUCCUAUUGAAGAUGCCUCACCAACUGAAGAGCUGAGGCAAGAAGCUGAAAUGGAGGAGAUCAGGCGAUCAUCCUGCUCAGACUUCUCCCCCAGUAUUGAAUCAGAUCCUGAAGGGUUUGAAGUCCAUGCUGCAAAGAUUGCAGCAGUCCAGAAAACAUACCAACUGCCUACAUCAGUAUCUCUUCACUCCCCAACAGAUGAUCAAAACAAUGAUACACCACAGAAACAACCUCUCAAAUCUGCUGAUGAAGCUUAUGAAGAAAUAAUGCUGAGGGCCAAGUCACCAACAGUUGACAAAGGUGAGAUUCAACCAGGAAAAGAGUCCCUUUAUGGAGGCAUGCUUAUUGAAGACUAUGCCUAUUCAUCUCUUAUUGACAAUUCAACAGCUGAUCUGGGGGAGCCAGAGAAGAUUACUGUUCCUGUGCAGCCCAAAAAGCUGAGAUCACCAGAUGAAGUUUAUGAAGACAUGAUAAAAAAGAGGAAGGAAUUCAUGCAGCUGGAGCAGGAAUACCAAAAUAUGCAGCCAAAGAAGGAAAGUACACCCCCAGAAAUUGUUCUGCAACCUGCUGAGACUAUCAUCUCCAAAAGCAGUACAAUAACAUUAGGCAAAGAUGGCAAGCCAUUGUUGGAUGCUGAAGCAGCCUAUGAAGAGCUAAUGAAACGAGUCCUGACUCCUGGAACAAGUCCAACUCAGCAGGAGCCAGAAGUGGAUGUUGCUGCGUCGAGGAGGGCACUCCACCCUAUCCCAGACUUAAAAGUGACGCAGUGCUCUUCAGGAGAGCUGUCGUCUGAUGAUGAGAGUAUAAUUAAAAAGGAAGAGGAGACAGCAGCAACUGAAAUGGAGCCUGUGAAAGAGAUCUCUGAGCCUCCUCUAUCAACCACAUCAGAUCAGCAACCUCAUACCACAAUCACUGCAUCCCAGGCUGAUGCUGUAGACUUAUCUGGUGCCCUUGCAAAAACAUCAGCCCCUGUGAUUGCAGUAUCACCCUUGCCCACAGUCCCCCAGUACACACCCAGUAUACCCAGUGUAGUGUCAACUGCCCCACCUGUGCCCCCUAAGCCAAAUGUCCUGCGUAGGGCUAAUUCUCAGGAAAAAGCAGAAGAACCUGUUGCACCACCACUGCCUCCUCCUCCCCCACCAAAACCUACUGUAUUUCCCAGGAAAGCUCCAGUUCCACUUCCACCUCAGGCUUCAGCAACUCCAAUAAGGCCAGAGAUAGUGGCUGUGACAACGACGCAAGGACCACCUACAAGACAAGUAGUUACUCCAACAUACAAACCUCACAUUCCUCCACCUGUUCCCCCAAAGCCCUCCAUUCCUGCUGGGAUUGGGGACAGCCACAGACCAGGACAUGGUGUCAAACCACCAAUUGCACCAAAACCUGGCUCACAGCCCUCUUCACCUGCCCAUGCCCCACAUCCACCAAGGCCCACUGUACUUCCCACAAAUUCUCAUGAGAUAGCCCUGAACCUGAGCCCCUCAUCUGAGAGCAAACCAUUUCAACCCUCACCAAAGUCUCCUUCUUCUCCAAGAUAUGCCAGCAAUCUACGUGACACGUACGUAGUUAUCACACUGCCAUCUCAGCCUAGCUCUCCAGUAGACAGUGUCACAACUCAAGCUCCCUCUAGCCCAGGCCCAGCAUCUCCUUCACGCCAGCCUAAGCCUGAGAGUUAUCACCAACCACCGCCUCAACCUCAGUCAUAUUCACAGCAGCAUCAACAACCAACCCCUCCUCAAACAACCAGGGUUCCUCUGGCAUACACACGAGUAACAGAAUCCAUUGAAAGUCAAGAGAUAUGUGGCCCAGAAAAGCACGUAUCUAGUUCUUGUCAUAUCAUUGAGGCUAUAUCUGCCUCAGCUCAGGCACCUGUGGUUAUGCCGAACCUCAUCUCUCAAGUGGUUACCACAGAAGUCCAAAGGACCACUGUCUCUGUUGUUCAUGAAAGGACACCACCACCAGUGCCAGCUCCAAGGGCAAAUGGUGUUCCAAUCUCGAUGGAGAAACCUAAGCCACAGUUGCAAGCACAGAAUGGACAGGUCUUCCAACCUUCUGAGGUGGUAGAUCUUAGGACUAUGAAGGUGGAUCCAGGAUCAAACAUGAAUGGUGUGGAUUUGUCUGCUGGCCCAGACUCAAGACGUCAGUCUUUUGCAAGUGAUGUCAGUCGUCACAACAGUGCAGUGCAGUCACCUGUGGUCAACCUUAGUGCUGAAUCAUCCACUGUUUCUAUAGUGACGGAUAGCAUCACCAUUGUGACUUGUUCUGCCACAAUACAGCAAAGUGACAGUGUAGACACCUGUCAGGCAUCUUCAGUGCCCCUUCAGCUAACAAAGAAUAAGGCCUUUGAACCAGUUUCUCAAAUUAUAUAUCGGCCAAUUGACUCUCAGCCCUCUACUCAUGCUACGACAGAGAUACCUAUUAACCUCUCAGUUGGAUCAAGCACAGGUGGAGGAACUUUCCAGACCAUCCCUGUCACUAUUGCACCGACUUCUGUUGCAAAUUGUGUCGCCAAUGGGUUGCAUACAGGUACAACCACAGUGGCAGGAGCUGUUGACCUCAGCACAACAAAACCCUUCAACACUGUGGUAUCGGUGGAUGCUGCGUCUGCAGAAGUGGUCACAGCUGUAAUCACAGAUGAUGGCAAACCAGUAGAUCUAACAGCAGGAAAAAGAGCUGUAUGCUGUGAUGUUGUGUACAAGCUUCCAUUUGCAGGAAGUUGCACGACUCAGCAACCUACUACACCUCUGCCCGAAGAUCGUUUUGGAUAUCGUGAUGACCAUUAUCAGUAUGACCGAUCAUCUUAUGGCAUGAGAGGGUUUGGAGGGAUAAAACCAUCAAUGUCAGACACUAAUUUAGCAGAAGCUGGCCUGUUCUUUUACAAGAGUAAGAACAGCUAUAACUUCAGUGGCACGACAGAGGGUGCAGUAGAUCUUACCUCAGCAAAGAUUUCUGAUGCAGGUGAAGCUGUUGACUACUCCAGGAAAGGGGCUUACGCAGGAAUGACUAUUCCACCUUAUUCUCAAGCCAGAGUCACAAGUGCUGCUGGUACACUCUUUGGUACAAGUAGCGUUUUAAGGUCAUCAAAUGGAGUGGUCUAUUCCUCUGUUGCAGCACCAAUUCCAUCUACAUAUGCCAUUACUACCCAGCCUGGGUCCAUAUUUAGUACAACAUACAACACCCUGUCAGGUAUGCACACCAGCGACACCAUGCCUUCCCUGUCCAACCUACAAAACUUGCCACUUACACGGUCCCACAGUUUUCUGUCGACUAUUUCCACUGCUGAAACAGAAGAACAAGGAGAUUCCCCACUCAAUCUAGAGAUGUCUAGAAGGAGUGCAUCUGUGGAUGCUGCCACUACUGCUGCAACCUCUUUAUCCCUUGACUACACUGAUGCAUCCCUGGAGGCCAUAGCUGCUUCACUGGAGGCUCUGUCUUCACCCAUGGUUCCUGGGGAUGGCCAGUAUCAGGCAGAGCGUGAAAGGCUCGAAAUGGAGAAACUCAAGCAACAGCGCCUGGCUGAGGAAUUAGAAUGGGAGCGGCAGGAGAUUCAGCGAUUCCGUGAACAAGAGCAGCUCCUGGUACAGAAGGAACUGGAGGAGCUGCAGACCAUGAAGCAACAGAUACUGGCCCAACAAGAAGAGGAAAGACAAGCUCACCUUAUGAUGCAGAAAGAAACCUAUGCUCAGCAACAGCAGCAGCUUGAGCAAAUUCAGAGACUUCAAGAGCAACUCCGUCUGCAACUGGAAGAGCAAAAGCUUCGUCAGAUGUAUCCUGGUGGGGACAUACCAGGGCAUGGUGUGCAGGAGGCAGUUGUCUUAGGACCUGAUGGUACAGUACUAGCCCGAAAGAUCACAGAUAGUGGGUGCCAAACAGAUGAAGAGGAUGAAGCAGUCAGCAAAGCUUACACAGCAGGUAGAAAAAAGAGAAGUGCUAAAAAGAGUGUUGACAGUUGUGUGCAGACUGAUGAUGAGGAUCAAGACGAAUGGGAGGCCCAGACCAGAAGCCGACAAAGCCGGCCACGUACUGCCAGGGGUGAUCGAGGUGGGCAGUCAGAGAUGUCUCUUCAAGCCCACACUGAGAUUUCUAUACAAACAGAUACAGAGGGGAACAUUAGAAUGGACACCAGGAUGGAGCUGUCAGACUCUGAAAGGACAUCGCCAAAGAAACGACCUACUCCCCUAGAAAUAGGUCAGUCUCCUAACCUCAAAGCUGAUUCUUCUACACUUCAAGCCCAUCCCAAAUCCCCCAAAGUACUCUAUUCUCCCAUAUCCCCCUGUAUGUCACCAAGUAAAUCCCUUGAGUUUGUGUCCUAUGAUAAAUCCCUAGGUGAUACAAGCCCACAAAAGCUAAGAGGAAGUACGGAUCCAUCAAAAGCCUCUCCAGCAAGUCCCAGAGGGCCAAAAUCCAUGCAAAGAUCCAUGUCUGACCCUAAGCCCAUGAGUCCAACAGGAGAAGAAAGAGCAACAUCCGGCACCCAGUAUGGUGACAGUGUAACUGGGAAAGGCUCAGGUGGUACGCCAACAGGCACUCAAAAGAAGGUGAAGAGGACUCUCCCAAAUCCACCAUCAGAAGAUGAGUCAACCACCACUGGCCAGACAGCAUACAGCACCGGUUCUGCCCGCCGAAGAAUGUGCCGUAACUCCAACAUGGCACGCGCAAAGAUCCUGCAAGACAUUGAUCGUGAGCUAGAUCUGGUGGAGCGUGAGUCCUCCAAGCUCCGCAAAAGACAAGCAGAAUUAGAUGAGGAGGAGAAAGAGAUCGAUGCCAAGCUUAGGUACUUGGAAAUGGGCAUUAAUCGUAGAAAAGAUGCGCUACUGAAGGAGAGAGAGAAGAGAGAAAGAGCCUACCUACAGAGUGUUGCAGAGGACAGAGACUACAUGUCAGACAGUGAAGUCAGCAAUAUCCGAGAGACUAGAGGUGGACGUGGAGGUGGUGAAGAUGAGGAGAUUGAAGAUCAUGGUCUUGAACGUCCCAGGACAGCUCCUCAGUCAGAAUUGGAUGACUUUGUCCCACCUCAAACCAAGCAUGAAUAUGGCAAAUACUCUCAGUACCAAUACCCUCAAAGCCAAUACCAGCAGUCUCUCUACCAGACUCCCCAGUCCUACCAGUCCCAUUCAAUCUACUCCUCUGUCCCGUCACUCACUAGCUCCCAGCAGCAGAGUUACCACCAGAUGCUUUUGUUGCAGCAGAAAGCUGCUAGACAAGCUGCCCUCCUCUCAGAGCUGGAUGCAACUAAAUAUGAUGUCAUUAGCCGUCAGCCUGAUCCCACAUCAUCACCUUACCUGGGUGUCAAGUAUGACAAAUAUGGCAAUCACCUUGACCUCAGAGCCUUGGAGGUGGGAAGUAUUGCAAGUAGCCCAAUGUCAACUGUCUCUGAUUCCUACUACACAGAUGUAGAUCACCACACACCUCGGAGUUACAUGCUGCUGGAAGAUGCUGCAGAACUAGCUAAGGGCUCCACAGGAUUGUCUUCAUCUUAUAGUCUGGCUGAGAGGGAACUGGCUAAAGCAGAGAAGUUGUUGCGUAGAAGUGCUGCAGAUCUAGGAUCUACUGACUAUCUGGGGUCCACCUCUAGACUCCAUACUUUUGGAAAGACCCCUGACGAAGAGGAUACAAUGGAGGAACCCUAUGAACUGAAACUUCUCAAACAACAGCUCAAGCAAGAGUUUAGGAGAAGCACAGGUGGAACAGAAAACUUAGAACAACUCACAGGUCUCUCUCAGCACUACUAUACGCCAAGCUCUGGAAUAUCUAGUUACUCCCAAAGACACUACCCAAAGUCAGAAAAGUACAGCAUCAGUCGACUUACUCUUGAGAAGCAGGCAGCUAAACAACUCCCAGCAUCUAUGUUGUACCAAAAACACAAAACCCCACUCCUAGAUCCUAAAAUCUCCUCCAAGUAUUCCUCUAUGACAGACAGCAGAGCUUUGGAGACAGACUAUAGCUAUCUUGGGUCUACCAGUGCAUCCCCAAGAUCCAGCCGGCUUAUGCAGGAUGAGAUUACCUUUGGCCUUCGUAAGAAUAUUGCAGAGCAACAGAAGUACCUUGGGUCUACUUUGGGUGCCAACUUGGCGGGGUCACUAAACUUAGGCCAGAGCUUGGGUUUGGACUCUGCUUAUCCUAGUGGUAGCCGCUCAAGACCCUCAUCCAGGCCCACAUCUUGCUAUGGCUUGGACUUGUCUAUCAAAAGGGACCCUUCCAGCUCUUCACUGAGGCUUAAAGGAGAUGGAGAAGCAUCUGGAGACGGACCAAGUUAUCAAACCCCAUCUGGUCGUACCAAACCCACUAGCCUUCCCAUUGUGCAAAGUGGACGUGGCCGAAUUCCAAUAGUGGCCCAGAACUCAGAAGAAGAAAGUCCACUGAGCCCCGUUGGGCAGCCUAUGGGCAUGGCCCGUGCAUCAGCGGGACCUCUGCCCCCCAUCUCAGCUGAUUCAAGGGACCAAUUUGGUUCUUGUCUGUCCUUGCAAGACUCCCAGCAGUCGCAACAUAUCAGGGAAGAGCCAACCAGGGGUAGGGGUUAUGUGCUGCUGGAUGACCUUCAGGGCACCAUGUCAGAUAGUGAAGCCCUAAGUGAUUCCCUGAUGGCUUUGAACAGAGACGAUGCAACCAAUGCCUACCACCUUAGACGAGAAGAGACAGACUGGUUUGACAAACCAAGAGACGGACGGUCAGAGAACGGACAGGAGAAGAGACAGGGAAAAGGUCCAUACUACCCCUUCCCUCAUCUCAGGGUCAAACUGCAGAGGGAUCCCAAAGACCGCAGUGUCUCAGGAAAUGGUCUGGGUAUCCGAGUGGUUGGAGGCAAGGAGGUGCCUGGCAGUAAUGGAGACAUUGGAGCCUAUGUUGCCAAAGUCCUACCUGGUGGAGCUGCAGAACAAACAGGGAAGGUACUCGAAGGAAUGCAAGUCCUGGAGUGGAAUGGUGUUCUUCUGACGGGGAAGACCUAUGAAGAGGUACAAGGGCUCGUCGGACAGCCGUGUAAUGAGGCAGAAGUGUGUGUCAGACUUGAUCUCAACAUGCUCGCUGAGUCUGAGGGUUCCCAGCACCUGGACUUCCAGGAGCACAGCAAAGGUGACAGACCUCCCAGGUCUCCAGGUGUUGAUCCCAAACAGCUGGCGGCUGAGCUGCAGAAAGUGUCACAGCAGCAGGCUCCCUUGUCCUCUUCGACCUCCAGCCUGCCCGCCACCACCUCAGCGACCUCGAGUCCCGGUCAGCCUGGAUCCCCCUCCGUCGGCAAGAAGCGCCACAGCAGCAAGACUUCAGAGGGAGCGAAGACCCAGUCCCACCCCAUCUCUGGAGAGAUACAGCUUCAAAUCCACUAUGACAAGCAGCUCGGCAACUUGAUUGUUCACGUGCUGCAGGCCAGAAACCUCGCCCCGCGGGACAACAAUGGCUACUCCGAUCCAUUUGUUAAAGUGUAUCUCCUGCCGGGGAGAGGUCAGGUCAUGGUUGUCCAGAACGCCAGUGCUGAAAACAAGAGGAAGUCCAAACACGCAGGCAAGAGUCUCAACCCUGAGUGGAACCAGACUGUCAUCUAUAAGAACAUCCACCUGGAGCAGCUGAGGAAGAAGACUCUGGAAGUGAGUGUCUGGGACUACGACAAAUGCUCCUCUAAUGAUUUCUUAGGAGAGGUCCUUAUCGACCUGUCCAACACCGCCCAGCUGGACAACAUCCCGCGAUGGCUGCCCUUGAAGGAGCAGAGUGAGGGGGACCACCACAGACGCUCCCACUCAGGCCAGGGCAGACACGGUUCCUCUAAACCCUCCUCACAGCACUCCUCCCCCAAAACCACUGCCUCCUCGCAUGAUAAUCAGGAUUCCCCAAAAUCGUCUGUCAUCAAGAGCCGAAGCCACGGGAUCUUUCCAGAUCCGGCCAAGGACACGCAGGUGCCCACUAUCGAGAAAUCUCACAGUAGUCCUGGCACAUCGAAGCCUUCCCCGUCCGAGGGCCAGAGCCAAAGCCACAGCCACGGACACAGCCAACACUCUCGCUCGCACGGCACUUCACGCUCCAGCAAAAGCGCCGCACGGCAACACCAUCAGGACAGCAGCAAUGGAAGCAGCAGAGGCGCUGCCGUAGCAACGGGCGAUGCCCAACAGCAGUCACAGCAGCAACCGCCACAACGCCUCCAACCAACUCGGUCGAGCUACAGAUCCAGCGAUGCUCCGGUCACGGCGGCCUCACUGGACAGCGGCCUGAGCGGCAGCGCCUACAGCCUGUUGGACGAGGACGGGGAGACAAACGAGGUGGACAGUGCCAUCUUCCAGGUGCCCCGAUUUGGAAAGAUCCCAAAUGGAACAGAUGUGAUGAAAUCAUCAAUGGGACACGGUGACGCCGAAGGUAAGACCCAGGUCAUGGGGGAGAUUAAGAUCGCUCUGAAGAAGGAGAUGAAGACGGAGGGUGAGCACUUGGUCCUUGAGAUUCUUCAGUGUCGCAACAUCACCUACAAGUUCAAGAGUCCGGACCACCUGCCUGAUCUUUACGUGAAGCUCUACGUGGUCAAUAUUGCCACCCAGAAAAGGAUCAUCAAGAAAAAGACCAGAGUGUGUCGUCACGACCGCGAGCCGUCCUUUAACGAAACCUUCCGCUUCUGUAUGAAUCCAACCGGACAUUCGCUACAGCUGUUCCUGGUGUCCAACGGGGGCAAGUUUAUGAAGAAGACCCUCAUCGGGGAGGCCUACGUGUGGCUGGACAAAGUCGACCUACGCAAGCGAGUGGUGAGCUGGCACAAGCUGCUCGCCAGCACCGCCCAGAUCCACUCAUAGGAGGAACUAAAGUCACCCUGAGAGGCAAAGAGGCUUCUGAAAUCUACUACUUGGGUUCAACACGUGUAACACUGAUCCACUUGUCUCGGGGGUCGGGGCGAAGGGUGGUUUGGGGGAGCGCGAGAGGUAAAAUAUCUCUUUCUUCAACCUUUGUUUCAGGGCUCAGAUAGCUUGAGUUUUUGGAAGAUGCCUUCAGAUGGUGAUUUCUGUAAUGUUUGGAGGGAGCAGUGAUGUGUUUACAAGACAUGAACACAUGUUUACAGGACGUACAGUGUACAGUAGUGUAGCCGGGGCUGAGGAGAACACAGGUGCUGAGUUCAGAGGUGAAGCGCGGAAUCAACCAGGUAUUACACACUUUAAUCCACAAACACACACACACACACACACACACGGUUACUUUCGACAACUUUGCACACAGUCAUUCACACAGAAGAGAAACCUUAAUAGAUACAGGGAAUGGACACACUUGUAGAUUCUAGUUUAUUUAUUUAGAUGUUUUAUCCAUGAAAGAUUCUUUAAAAAAAAACGGGCGCUCCUCAUUGCUUUAUUAUGAUCAGCCAGAUUUUAUUGAUUUACAAAGCAUUUUGGGAAUGAAAUAUUGAAGACUCUGCUACAGAGG